GCGAACCCCACAGGAAAUCUGAGUGUGUGCCGGAGCUACCCGGGAGCCAGGGAAGUUAUGGAGGGACCCGCGUGGAGGUCCAUUGCUGGGACAGCCCUUCAGGGAGUGCAGGCUCUGGACAGAGUCUGAUUCUGGAAGCAGGCCAGUUCCUCUGGCCAGGCUGGUCCUGGAGGCCAAGUUGGUUCUACAAGUUGUUUGUGGAAGACGAUUCUGCAAGCAGAUUGCCGGGUCGGGUUCUAGGGAGGGUUUCGAAGCAAGAUUCUGGAAGCGAGUUCUGCCGGCGUGACAGUGGACCGCGCAGACGACACCCGGGCUGGGUCAGGGCCGAGCCUGCGUCUGCGAGCGAAGAGAGCGGGCAUUGACGAAGGACUCGCACCAGCGCUCGCUCUAACACACCCGUUAAAAACCCCGUUGCGAACAUUUCUUUGGACAAGCUCCCGGGAGGGCCCUGUUGACUGGGUGGGUGGGACCCAACGGCGCGGUGCAAGCUCGUGGAGUCGGCUCACGGAGCCGAGCACGCAAGCGCCGGGAAGGUCGGGCUGGCUGCGUUUGGGAGUUGCUUUUUUCCUUUUUCUCUAACUUUCCUUUUUCUCUUAACUUUUCAGCACGCACAGCGGAUGCCGGGGCGCAUGCGCAGUCUGCGCCCCGCCCGGCCGCGCGGCGUCGGGCCGGGCGGUUGCCAGGGACGACCGCAUUCCCCUGGGACUCCGCGGUCGCGUGGGCGGGGCCUGGCCGACCCAAGCCCGCCUUCCUCGCGCUCUGGUUGGUUGUGACUGCUGUUCGUUGGAGCCGUCGCGGCCGCCGAUUGGGCAAAGACAAGUUUCGCACGCUCGGCUCGGCGCUACGCCCCUUCAGCCGGCCCGCGGCCGCCACCCGCGAGGAGAGAACAGCGGGGGACCCGGCGCGGCGCCCGGGAGGGACCUGCGUCGGCCUCGGCUUCCAGGCGGGCACGGCCCGAGCGGCGGGCGGCGAUGAUCCCCGAGGAGAGGCCGGACGGCCCGGGCGCCGGCGAGGAGAGCGCGAGGCUGGAGGAGGCAGGCAGCGUUCGCAAGGGCUCUGACCCCCUGGCCCAGAUACCACGUGGCCGCCCUCAGAGCCGCAGGGCCCGGGUCCACCAGCAGAUCACCAAGGAGCUGCGGAUGCGAACGGGUGCCGAGAACCUCUAUAGAGCCACCAGCAAUGCCUGGGUCAGGGAGACAGUGGCCCUGGAGCUGAGCUACGUCAACUCCAGCCUGCAGUUGCUGAAGGAGGAACUGGAGGAGCUCAACGGCAGCAGCGUGGAGGCUGACCGGCCUGAGAGUGAAGGAAUCACUGUGCCUCUGAUCCCCCUGGGGCUGAAGGAGACCAGGGAGCUGGACUGGUCCACCCCGCUGAAGGAGCUGAUCUCUGGGCACUUUGGAGAGGACAGUGCCUCCUACGAGGCCGAAAUCAAGGAGCUGGGAGACCUGCGGCAGGCCAUUCGGACCCCCAACCGGAGUGAGGUGGGCCUGGAGCUGCUCAUGGCCUACUACAACCAGCUCUGCUUCCUGGACGCGCGCUUCGUCGCCCCUCCCGGGAACCUCGGGCUACUCUUCCACUGGUACGACUCGCUCACGGGCGUCCCGGCCCAGCAGCGGGCCCUGGCCUUCGAGAAGGGCAGUGUGCUUUUCAACAUUGGGGCCCUCCACACCCAGAUCGGGGCUCGCCAGGACCGCUCCUGCCCCGAGGGCACCAGGCGCGCUGUCGAGGCCUUUCAGAAGGCUGCUGGGGCCUUCAGCCUCCUGAGGGAGAACUUUUCUGGAGCACCCAGCCCUGACAUGAGCCCAGCCUCGCUCUCCAUGCUGGAGGGACUCAUGACUGCCCAGGCCCAAGAGUGCAUCUUUGAGGGUCUCUUGCUGCCGUCUCCUGAAGCCCCCCAGGAUUGCCUGGCCCAGCUACGCCUGGCUCAGGAGGCAGCCCAGGUGGCAGCUGAGUACAGGCAGGUGCACCAGACCAUGACCCAGCCACCUGUCCGAGACUAUGUGCCCUUCCCCUGGACCACCCUGGUGCACGUCAAGGCGGAGUACUUCUGCGCCCUGGCCCACUACCAUGCAGCCGUGGCCCUCUGCGACAGCCCCCCAGCAGCCGAGGAGGACUUCCCAGUGCUGCCGCAGGCCUUCCUUGGGCCCCCGGCCACGUCGGAGCCGUGGGGCGCUGUGUUUCCUCAGGAGCAGGAGGAGCGCAGGAAUCUGGGCAAGGCCCACCUGAAGCGCAGCAUCCUGGGCCAGGAGGAGGCGCUGCGGCUGCACGCCGUGUGCCGGGCCCUGCGCAGGGUGGACCUGCUACAGGCUGUGCUGGCCCAGGCGCUGCAGCGCUCGCUGGCCAAGUACUCGGAGCUUGACCGCGAGGACGACUUCUUGGAGACCGCCGAGGCUCCUGACAUCCAGCCUAAAACACAGCAGAAGCCAGAGAUCAGGGCGCCCAGCUUCUCCAGGGUGAAGGUGACCGAUAUCUUCCAGCGGCUGGGACCCCUGUCAGUGUUUUCGGCCAAGAACCACUGGCGGCUGGCCGGGCCUGUGCGCGUGACCCGCGGAGAGGCCGGCUUUGGGCUCACGCUGCGCGGAGACGCGCCUGUCCUCGUUGCCGCUGUCAUGCCCGGGGGCCCGGCCGCGGCAGCCGGCCUGCAGGAGGGCGACUACAUUGUGUCCCUGAAUGGGCAGCCCUGCAAGUGGUGGAGGCACGCCGAGGUGGUGGCGCGGCUGAAGGGCGUGGGUGACGAGGGUGUGAGCCUGCAGGUGGUCACGCUGCUGCCCAGGGCGGAGCCCCCUGGCACGGGGCACCACCGGCCAGCCCUGGGAGGGCUUCUGAGGAUCCAGAAGGAGUGUGGGUGGGGGACACCAGCUCCUGCACGAGCCAGCCCCAGGUGCUUCCUUGGCUGGAGCCGCAAGGCCAAGCCCACAGGGAGGCUGUCCCCACAGCCCUGAGCUGUGUGCCACCCUCCCCCUCUGGGAGCCCAGCGCCCCCACACCCCCCAUAUGUCCUCCUCCGUCCUGAGGCGCUUUCAGGCCAGUCGGCUGCCCCACCCAGUGCCUAGAGCUGCCCAUUAAAGACCAUGUC